CAAAGCGUGCCCUGGCUUGCUCUAGCACGGGGAGGAAAGCAAACGGGCAUAUUUCUCUUGCGCUCUAGGCUAGCUCGAGCUCGCGAUCUUGAUCUUGACCGAUAUUUCGAGCGCCAAUCCGGCGCCGUUCCGCCGAUAGAUCUGAAUUGCGGGGGAAAUUCCCGGCUAUCGAUCGAUCCGCGGAGAUGCUGAGCUGCGUCGUCGGCCAAUGCAGGUGAUGGAAGCGCGAGCACGGCGAGUGGAGGAGGCUAUGCCGCCCGCCGGCGGUGAUCGUAAAUCCACAGAGUUCCUUCUACGGUACGAAGAGAUCGCAAAUUUGGGGCAUUCGCGCAAGCGGCAGGGGCAGCUGAUGCGGCAAUCCUCGUAGCGUCUGGCCAGAAAGGAAUGGAUGGAAGAACACGGUGCUGAUUUUCAUUGAGUUAGAAGAUGCUAAGGAGAAGCCUUGUCGCAAGCGAAGAAUACGAAUUCGCGAAUGGGGGUUCGCGCAGCAGCGGCGUGGAGUGCUGUCCAGGGCCUGGGUUCUUCUGAUAUAAAAUUGGGAUUCACGGAUUUUCGCCAAGAAAGAGCAGCUUAUGCACCGGAGAGAGUGUCAAUGCUGCAAGGUAGAAGUAGGCACACCAGAGUCGGGAGCAAAAACGAUGUCGUUGUCGGGCGAAGGAAUGGGCUUAGGGAGCGGCGAAUUGAGCUGGAGCAAGAUGUCGCGGGGUUGCGAAGGAAGCUGAUCCAAGAGGAAAAUGUCCACAAGGCACUGCAGCGAGCUUUCAAUCGACCAAUCGGGGCGAUACCCAGAGUUCCACAGUAUCUUCCGGCUAAGACCCGGAAGCUCCUGGCCGAAGUAGCAGUCCUAGAAGAAGAGGUGGUGCGGCUGGAGGACCGUGUACUGUGCUUACAACAGGAUUUAACCGAUGAAGCCGUCUACACGUCAAUGUUCUCUUCACAACAGAAAGCCGAUGCAGCGGCCAGCUUGAGGAAAGCCAAGCUGUUUUCGGCCGGAGAUAAGCGAGCAGCAGCAGGGAAGAAGGACGUUUUGAUCGCACAGCUACUGCCGUCGGUAAGAAAGGAUGACCAACAACACCAGCAACAAAAGCAACAGCAGGAAGUGGCUACUGAAAGCGUGAAGAAGAAAGGCUUGCAAGUUCAAAAGGCAUCUAUAGCCAACGAGGUAUCCAAUCCGGAUCAAGCCACGAACAGGAAUUUACACAAGUCUCAGCUGCUCAACUCGAAUGGAUUCGUGAAAGGUGUCAGGGAGAAGUACUUUGGGAUCGGCCCGAACGUUAAGCUAUCCGUCAUUCAAGAGGAAGAACGUGAGAAGGAGAAUCUGCAGCAGCAACAGCUCAAGAAAGCCAAUCAGGACGUUGAGACUGUUACAUUUCCCAGAGAAGAGACGGACAAGGAACUAUUACCAGCAAGCACCACACCGAAGACCGAGCUUCAUACAAGUUUUAAGGCUCCAACAGUCUCCGCAAAACCUCCCACUCCUACUGCUUCUGCCGAGAAGUCGAAGCUGAGCGGACCAAACAGGGUCUCUGAAGAGCUGGUGAAGUGCCUGAUGGGAAUCUACGGAAUGAUGACGAGACUGUACUCGCUCUCCGAUUCGGACGCCUCGUCCGUUAUUUCCAGGUCCACAUUCUCGAGCUUUAGCUCGCAGACAAAGAGCUCCUCCUCGAGCAGCUACACGACGGCCAAGAACGCCUCGGAUUUCUCACUCGAGCUCGACCGUGAUCCAUAUGGAGUCUGCUGCCAAGGAUGUCAGUCUCGGGACGUCGGUCCCUACAGGCACUUCCAGAACAUUGGUGCCGAUUCCUUUGACUACAGCAGGAUACCAAACUCGGCAUCCUUGUUCCGGAGACUGAGAGUUUUGAUAGGCAAGCUGGCGGGGGUCGAUCUACAACAUAUGACUCGACAGCAGAAGCUGGCAUUUUGGAUUAACGUAUACAACGCAUGCAUGAUGCAUGCUUUUCUCGAAUACGGGAUCCCUUGUGGUCCUCAUCAAGUUGUUGGGCUUAUGCGGAAGGCAACGCUAAAUGUCGGAGGAUACACACUCAACGCUCUUGCAAUCGAGCACUUUAUCCUCCGCCUUCCCUCCCACUCAAAACAAGCUUUUGUAAAGCUAACAAGUAAAGAUAAGGCACACAUCCAGAACAACUUGGGACUUGAGUGGCCCGAGCCACUUGUCUGCUUCGCACUUUGCUGCGGUAGCAAGUCUUCACCAGCUGUUCGCGUGUACACAGCUGGCGACGUGGAGAACGAGCUGGAGGCCGCAAAGAAGGAGUACCUCCAGGCGGCGGUGGGAGUGAGCCAGAGCAAAGGCAAAGUCCUCAUCCCAAAGCUGCUCGACUGGAACCUGCGGGUGUUUGCGAAGGACAGGGAGUCCCUGGUGGAGUGGAUCUGCGACCAGCUCCCGGGCGACCUCCAGCGCGAGCUCCAGAGAUGCAUCGGGCGCUGCUCGCCAUCGCCGCCCCUCCAGGUGAUGCCAUAUGACUUCAACUUUCGUUACUUGUUGACAGCGUAGAAGCAAAAGCCCGGUCCAACGAGAGAGAAUCAAACCGGGGAAAGCUCGAGGAUUGAUCAGCCUGAUCAAGUCACUGUGACACAGGACAGAGAAAAAGGAGAGAACCAUCGCCGCCGCUGCCUCGCUGCCACCGUCGCCGCCACCUUUGUGUAUCUGUACAAUAUAAGUUACUUACUGAUCGCCAAUAUAAUGGAGUGAAAAGAGCACUCAUUUACUGUCGCGAAGACGAAGAAGAAGUUGGCGUUGCUAUCGCCAAAACUGUUAGUGGCAUUCAUUCAAGAGGGGUCUCGAUCGAUCUUUCUCGCUGGGCAUUGACGCUUGUGCUCGGGCAAGGACCUCAUGCUUGCAGCCGAGGCCAGAACAUCAAAACAGGGACGUUUUGGGACCUUUUAAAGUGUGAUGGUCACCCUGAAGAAAUAGAAGCCCAGUACGUAAAUCUCA